AUGGCCGAGCCGAUCAAUAGGCGAAAGCGGACUGAUCGGUCCCGACGAGCGAGCCUGAACACCAUCACAAACACGGAGAAUCAACUGGUUUGCGGAAAUGACGACAGUUCUCCCGCUCCGCCUGGCCCUUGUCCCCAACAGCCACUCCACCAGCCCGAGCACUGGGUAACAAACUUCUUCGCUGAGCAAAUUGCCCCGUGGAUGUGUCCAGUCCUCCAGGCCGAUAACGAAUGCAAGAUGCAUCUCCUCCCACUGGCAAUGUCAUCUCCCCUCGUCUUUGAUGCCGUCGCCGCAGCUGCGUAUCAUCGCCUCGCAUACUACGGCAAUCCUCAAUUCGCCGCAAAGGCUGAACGCUACAAGGCCUCGGCCAUCAGGGGUCUCAUAACCAGCGCCCGUAGCGUGUGCACCCUGUCGGCUUCGUCGUCGGAUCAGCUGUUUGCCGCUGCUACAUUGCUCAUACUCAUGUAUGACGAGAUGAUAGCGGCGCAGGAUACGUUCAUCACACUGGCCCGUAUUAUCGGUAAUAUGCGCAAGUUUGUAAACUUUUCCAGUCUGGGUGGCAGUGAGAAGCUUCAGAGGUAUCUGACAGAGCAGUUUGGCUUCUUGACAAUAUUUUCUCUUCCUCACACAGAUGACGAUACAGCCACAGAGCAAUUUAAAGAAGCCUUUGACUUUGUCGAAGAAUUCGCCGAGUCAUGUGCGCGCGACAAGCACAAUCCACCGUUUCUGGCAGAGUGUUUCAGAACGAUCCUGACAGUCUGGCAUGGACAGAAGCAUAACCCUGGCCUUAACGUCAAUCUUGUCAUGGAAGACUUCAAGUCCGAGAUCGAAUCAACAACCGACAUUAGUGUCUUUGAUCACUAUCUCACCUGGGUGUACUUCAUGUCUUCGGCAGCCUCUCCAAACGCAUCGCUACGUAAUUUCUUCAGAGACAGGCUACAUAAACAUACUACUACUUUUGGAUGGAAGAAUGUCGCUAUGAUGCAUGCGUUUUUGGGGGAGUUGGAGGGUGCGGGGGUUACGUGGCCAGAACGUUUACAGUCGCAUAAGAAGUACAUUUGCGCGUAGUAGUACAAGCUUAUCAAUAAUA